AAUGGAGGAGGAUAUUACUACUGCAUGGACCGGUGCAGAGGAGCAGCAAGUCACUCUCUGAAGCGCACACAGACGCACAACAAAACCAAGACGAGCUGACGCGCAGACGCGAACCAUGAUUUAACGGACUAAUAUUUUUAUCCUCUCUCAGAAAUCACAGGAAAGCUUCUGCUCAACGCAUACGAUAGCUAUUAUAUAGGGCUGGCACUUUGCACUGCACUUCAAUUUGCCUCUGGAGUGACUUUGUAUUUUUCUUUAUUAUUACUCUGAUUCCACCUUGCAGCUGUAUUUUGGAACAGGACGCACUAAAUGAUGCCGCAAUGGUCAGGUAAAAAUAAAUUAAAGGCUUUGUGCAAAGUCACUUAGGAGUGAAAUAAUCGGAUUUCACCUGAUUUAUUCAUGCAAAUAAUUUUUUUUUUCAAAAAACAAAAACAAAGGACACUUCAUCAACAUUUUCCUCAGUAAUGAUUUAUUUUUUUUUUUUUCAAAUUUGAAAUCAGCCUGGUGACGUUUAAAAAGUCUUUCUUUCCCUCAUGGGCUUACUGAAACGCAGACGGAAAUAGGCUAGUUGAAGUUUUUAAACCUGUAAACAGAAACAAGUGCCAGAGGCAGUUUUACAGGUUAUAUGAAUGGAAAGGAGGCAAAACGUCGCCUCUAAAGGUUCGCGCAAAGUGCAGGAGUGUGCAGCUGCAGCUGCGCCAAGAAAGGAUUUUGGAUGAACUCAGCUGUAGAUCUGGUUGCUUUCUGUGAUUCAAGAGUGCAAAACGUCUCCUUUAUUCAAAAUCAAUCCUAAAUAUAGCCGAUACUAACCUCAAUAUGCAAUGAGUUUAUGUGGAAACCUUUGAAUGGCAUCCUCUUUAUCAGUUUGAUCCCUUUGGAGUGCACUUGAUUAGGUUGCCCUCCAGAUUAGUUUAUCAAUAGGUGAAUUUUAAAUUCCAAACCAGGCAGCCAAAACCACCAUUUCUUUAUUUCUGGAUAAAUGUUCGCAAAUAAAUCUGGUAUAAGAGCUCCUGCUGCUGACCUGGAAACCAGAGGCAGACUUUUAAAAGCCAACCCCCCCUCCCCUUUAUCUUCAUCAAAACCGCGCCAAAUACCUUCUCUAACCUGAGAAAAUGUUGUUAAUCAGACUAUUGGCUAUCUUCCUCGUCCUCAUCACAAACACGUUGCUGCUCAGCCCGGUUCGCUCCGACACACUCAGCCGGCACAAACGCGCCAUGGCCCGGCGGGCAGACGGUGAGCUCUCCAGGCUAGCAGGUGAACCCUGCACCGUCUCCGGCGUCUGGAAGUCCCGGCGGCAACCCCGCUCCCUUUCCCCGUCCCAACACCGCCCUCCAGCGGCCCGUCCGAGGACGCACACGAGCCGGAGAGAGCUGUCCACUGCCAAGAGCGCUGCUGCGGUUUGUGCAGGAGGGUGCAGGUUCGACACCGGGGCGCACCGGGUCGCUCCGGCCGGGGAGGAUAAGGGAAGCGGGGGCGACACAGACAAUGUGGUAGUGGGAGCGGGGGACCAAUAUGUUACAUCCCCUGCACGGUCCUAUGAGAAACGCUCCACAAAUGACGGUAGAGACACAAACUAUGUCACACAGCUGGACGGGACGUCUUUGCAUAAAGAUGCCCGCCAGACCGUCUCCUCCUCGGACCACGCGCGGUCCCCACGCGGCUCCCGCUCCAGGUUCACUCGCAACCUGGGCGGGACGAUUCCUUACGAGGACGAGGGCAACUCUAGUCGGGAGAAAGUUUUCCCAGACAGCUCAACGGAUUCCGGGGGACUUCAAGUCCUCUACGGGCUUAAGCAGGAAGGAGACCAGCAGUCGACCGGGACCCUGGAGGACGGUAGCGAGGACUACUCCGGGGAGGUGGAGGAGGCGGAUGCGCCGGUGAGCAGCUCCUCUCCCUGGGGGAGCCCCCUGCCUAGGGUGCCCCUUUCCUGGAUGACAGCCCUGUACUUCAGCGGGCGUCGGGAGCAGCUGAAGGUGAAGCCGGCUGCAGGGGUGGAGCUACCGAGGGCGAAGUUCAGCCUGGAGCUUUGGGUGAAGCCUGAGGGAGGACAGAGCAACCCCGCAGUCAUAGCAGGUGUAUUUGACAACUGCUCCCAUUCACUGAGUGAGAAGGGCUGGUCGGUAGGCAUCCGUACUGUGGAACCUGGCAGAGCCAAAGACGCACGGUUCUACUUCACGCUUCGCACAGACCGAGCUCUAAAAUCCACCACUGUGUAUAGUCACCAGCGGUACCGAGCCAAUGCCUGGACUCACCUGAUGGCCACUUACAAUGGCCACAACAUGACCCUGUAUGUUGAUGGAGCUAAGGUGGGAGAGAGCAGUCUCCAGUCCGGUAAUCUCUAUAGUGCCUUCAUGAAGACGUGCAGAACCCUCUUCCUCGGCACAAACCAAUCAGAUCAAGGACACAGCUUCAGGGGCCAUAUAGGGGGUGUGGUCUUGUGGGCAUAUGCCCGCUCUCAUGAGGACCUGCUGAAGCGACCGCUUCAAAUUGACAAAAGCGAGCCACUCUUGGCGAUGUGGGCUGACUUCACCAAUGUGGAACAGCUAUGGACUCCAUACAGAGUUGGCCUCCAUCCAACCAUCAUCACCACUCCUGUCCCUGAACAAGAAAUUGUCUCCUCGUUCCUGCCACCACCUUGUGGCUUGACACCCUGCGACAACACCGACAUCAUCUUUGGCUACAACAGUAACUGGCAGCUCCGUACCCCAAAGCGAAUCCGCUACCGUAUUGUCAACCUCUCGGAUGACGAUGGUAAAAACCCCACCGUGUCACAGGCCCAGAUCCAGCUCCAGCACCGGGCUCUGACAGAGGCCUUCCAACCUUACAACAUCACCCUUGAUGUGAGCGUGCACAACGUCAGAAACUCCAGCCUCCAACAGCGGUUUAUCCUAAGCAACUGUCGGAUUGGGAAAAUUGGGAACCGCCAGUGUGACCCUGAGUGCGACCACCCAAGGACAGGCCAUGAUGGAGGGGACUGCCUGAGACUGGGGCCCUGCUACAACUGGAAGAGACAGGAUGGAGUUUGUAACAUGGAGUGCAACAGUAUACACUAUGACUACGAUGAUGGAGACUGCUGCGACCCAGAGGUCACUGACGUCCUCAAGACCUGCUUCGAUCCUGAGUCCCCUGACAGGGCCUAUAUGAGUGUGAAAGAGUUAAAGGAGGAGCUGCACCUGAGCGGCACUGACGCACUCAAUGUUUUCUUUGCCAGCAACUCAGUCCGUGAAGAGCUGGCAGGAGCUGCAACCUGGCCAUGGGCAAAAGAGGCUCUUACCCACCAAGGUGGCAUGGUGCUGAACCCAUCCUACUUUGGUACCAUGGGCCACCACAACACCAUGAUCCAUGAGAUGGGCCACAUCUUGGGACUGUACCAUGUCUUCAAGGGGGUGAGCGAGCGGGACUCCUGUGAUGACCCAUGUCAGGAGACCACCCCAUCCAUGGAGACAGGAGAUCUGUGCGCUGACACGGCACCGACACCCAAAUCUAAAGCCUGCCACGAUCCCGGAGCGGUCAAUGAUACCUGUGGAGUCACCACAUACCAGGACACACCUUAUAGCAAUUACAUGAGUUACACAGAUGACAACUGCACCAACCAUUUCACUCCCAACCAAGUGGCCCGGAUGCACUGUUAUCUUGACUUGGUCUACCAGAAGUGGCUGACGGAUUGGCAGCCUGCCCCUAUCCCUCUGGCCCCCAUUGUGACAGGCCAUAAGCCGGAUUCUGUUUCUAUCUAUUGGCUGCCACCUAUAAGAGGACCACUUUAUCAGAGCUCCUCCGUCCAUGUGCCCGGUGUCGACUGUGGAGACUGUGAGAAAGACAGUGUUUUCCACCAGUACGCCCACGAGGCUACCUCACCUCGCAUCUGUGACACGUCAGGCUACUGGACACCUGAAGAGGCAGUUGGCCCACCUGAUGUGGAGCAGCCCUGUGAACCCAGUCUCCAGGCCUGGAGUCCGGAGCUCAGUCUUUAUGACACAAAUGUGACCUCACCAUGUCCCGACACGGAGGGCUGCACCCUCACACUGAGGUUCCUCCACCCUGUCGUUCCACACACACUUACCAUUUGGGUUACCUACAUCUCCUCCAACAACCCAGCUAUAGCCAACAUAGAGCUGACAACAGAUAAGGGGAAAAUCAUUAACCUUGGACCCCAGCAUGUCUUCUGCGACAUGCCCCUCACCUUGCACAUUGACACCAACAACGCUGCCAUCACCGCCAUAAAACUCUGCACCUUCGACGAGAAGAUGGAGAUCGAUGCUGCCAUGUUGUCGUCAGGCCCCGGCAGCCCUCUGUGCGCCGGCUGCCAACCUCUGCUUUACAGGAUUCAUCGGCAGCCUCCCUUCGCCAGCAAAUCUCCGUCACCUCAGACCCUGCAGACAUUCACUGACAGCUCUGUGGUGCAAGGAGACCAGUACCAGUACACGAUCCAGGUGGAAGCAGGUGGCCUGUUAAGCGUUCCCUCCCCACCUCUCCUUUACACCCAUGGGCAGCCCUACUGUGGAGAUGGCCUUGUACAGGGGACAGAAGAGUGUGACGACCGUAAUCUGUUGGACGGUGAUGGCUGCUCUAAGAAAUGCCACAAGGAGAUGGGCUUCAACUGUAAUGGUGAACCUAGUCAGUGUUAUGUUUUUGACGGUGACGGUGUGUGUGAGGAGUUUGAACGGGGCUCCAGUGUUCAGGACUGUGGUUACCACACACCUUUGGGCUACACAGACCAAUGGGCAUCCACCGCCACUGCUUCUCACCAGGACCCCAAUCACUGUCCCGCCUAUGCUGCCACUGGGGAGCCAUUACUUACCAAGCUUUGCAGGUACCAGCACCUGGAGGUGAGUGAGAAAGUGCCCACCGAUGCCUGGUUCCCUUGCACAGCCCAGUCUGAUACAAAUAAUGACCUGGAACAUUCAUUUUGGCUGAAGGUGGGAUUUGCCCACCCUGGAGUGGCAGCCUCUGUGAUGGUGUACCUGGCUUCAGAUGGGUCAUGGUCCGGGGAGCAGUGUCAGAGGACAGCCACCAUCCUCCUGUCUGAUACUACUGGCAAGAACCACUCAUUGGGCACACAUGACCUCUCAUGCCAUCGGAACCCAUUGGUGGUGAAUGUGACCCAUGACCUCUCUCAACCAUUCUUCGUCACCGCCGCUGUUGUUUUCCUCUUCUCCUCCCCCUCUGUGGCAGUGGCAGGCGUGGCAUUGAGAACCUCCUGCCACUUCAGCACCUUCGCCCUGACCGGCUGUUUGCGGCAGCCGUGUCAGAUGGAAAGCUGCAGUCCUCCCCAGUUAGAGCACGCCUCUGUCAGGUGUACAGGAGGAGGGGAGGCCUCUCAGUGCUCUGUUCAGUGUCACCGUGGUUUCACUAUCACCGUCCUCAACGGCAGGGAAACCCCACCCCAUCAGAGAGAAACACACCUGGAAUGUUUUCAUGGUUCAUGGGAUCGUGUGGUUAGUUGUCAGCCUGCAGACUGCGGCCUGCCUGAUCAGUCUCAUGUCUACCACGCCAUAUUCAGUUGCCCCUGGGGAACCACAUUCGGCAAACAAUGCUCCUUCACCUGCGGAUCACCAGCUAUACUUCAAGGUGACAGUGACAGGUUGGUGUGUUUGGAGGACGGUCUGUGGUCUUUCCCAGAGGCUUAUUGCAAGAUAGAGUGUCCAGAGGUUCCAAACAUACCCAAUGCCAAGCUGUUAACAGCAGACUGUCUGGCCUCAGGGCAGGAUGUAGGCUCUGUCUGCCGUUACAAAUGCAACCCAGGCUUCUAUGUAAUAGGGAGCCUCAAAAAGAAGAUAAAGAGGAAGUACUUCAAGUUGGUGUGCCUGGAGGGAGGGCAGUGGGAGGAAACUAGCUGUGAGCCGAUAUCCUGCCCAGCCCUACCUGAUGUAUUCCAGGGCAUGUAUACCUGCACCAAUGGCCUGUACUAUGACACCCUCUGCACCCUGAAGUGCCCAGAUGCAAAAGAAAAUAGUGAGAUUCGCUGCACUAAGGAUGGCGAGUGGACGACGACGUUCACCAUGUGCUCCAGGCUCCAGGGCUCAUGCUCUCCUCCCCCUGAUCUCAACUCUGUUGAGUACAGCUGUGACCAGGGGAUGGAUAUCGGUGCUGUUUGCUACCCAACAUGCAUUGUGGCUCUGGACAUGGAUCUGCGUGACCCUGUGGUCCUUCCCAAUGGCACUACAGCUGACUCUUUAAAGCACUGGAUGCUGGCCACCAAAGUCCAGAGCAUAGUCUGCACAGGGAUGAUGAAGUGGUACCCUGACCCUCAACACAUCCAUUGCAUCCAGUCAUGUGAGCCUUUUGGAGGGGAUGGCUGGUGUGACACUAUCAACAACCGGGCCUACUGCAAGUAUGAUGGAGGAGACUGCUGCCCAUCCACACUCUCAACCAGAAAGGUCAUUCAGUUUGGGGCGGACUGCAACCAGGAUGAGUGCACUUGCCGUGAUCCGGACGCAGAGGAGAAUAAAAGUAAAGCCAAGCACUUGGAAGGAGGAGGAGGUGGAGCUGGAGCUGUAGGAGGAAUGCAGUAAGAUAGAGGAAAGAAAGAGGCUGAACUUGUAUUAAACAGAGUCAAACAACAGACUACACACCACAACAAACAAAAAAAAAAUACACGUUUUUAACAUUGUAAGGCGAAGAAUGUGCUUCAUACAAUAAAAGGCCAUUUUUAUUUUAUCAUAAACGAUCUUCCUGUUAAAAUCCAUCACAUAUGAGUCAUGUUUGUUUGAAAAUUUUAUUUAUAUGUUCCUGCACCACUCCAGGCAAACAUCCACACCGGAAUAUAUUGUCUUCUUUGCCUGUUAACAAAUUAAGGGUUAUCUUUACUGCUAGAUUCCAGAAAAUUAUAUUUUGAAAUUGAAACUCAAACUGAGAAAACCUUGAGGUCUAGUUCAAACAGUGUUAAAAAGCAGUUUAUCCACUCCUGUAAAUAAUAAUAAAGUCAUCAUAAUUGGAUCAAAUCCCUAUUGCAUAUGGAUUCAAGUACUUUUGUGGACAUGAUUAGUUUCAGGCUAAAGAAUCCAAAAGAACAGUCUUUGCCUGUGAAAACUGUUCAGUACAUGCACAUAACUUAAAGUAAGGGCUACUGCUACUAACUGUGGCAUCCAGUUAGAGAAACAUUAGCAUUCUAUAUAAUUAUAUACUAAUGUAUUUAAAUAAUACUGAAGCCAAAACACUUGUAACUUGUCUGAUGGCUACUCAAAACCAAAUGAGGACUAGUCAAAUCAAAUUUAAGUCAAGUGGGCAAAGGCAAAUAGUUUAUAGAUUUAUGUUGCACCAUGCAGAAACAUUACUUCCCUGCAGACCAAAAUACUAAGAUUUGUUACAUUCUUCAUUACUGUGCAUCAGAUCCUUCAACAUACACUUCUGACAUGUAGCUUGUUAGGAAUGUAAAGGGAAACAUACUGUAUCCAUAAAGACUAACAUGUAUAGACUAAUAUAUUUGGAUCACCUGACACAUGUAUUACAUCAAGUAUUAGUCACACAAGUCAACACUAUUUAUAUCACAAAUCCAGUGAUACAAACAUUUAUCUGUAUCAUACAGCAUGUGCAUAGGGCUUCCUAAAAGUCAUUUUUCUGUAAGUGUGAUCAGUUGUAUUUACACAAAACACUCAAAUAUAUAAAUUAUUUCAGUAACCAAUCCAAUCCAAUUUUGACUGUACAGUGUGCAACACUAAUGUCAGAAUUAUUGUUCUAAACCAGAAUGGAUUUCCACUGAAACAAAGAUGCACAUAAAUUGUCAUGUUGCAGAAAGGUUAAGUGGAGAAAGCAAACACUGAAAUAAAAAAAGACAAUACUUUUGGGAAGCCUGGGCAUCAACACAGACUUUUCCCGCUUGCAUGCUUGCAUAUCAGAAAGGUUCUGGUGUCCAGUUGCCAGCAAUGAUGAAGUACCCCAUGCAAAUGUUGUAUCUAUAUGAGUGUAAUCAUGUUCUUCUUUAUUUUACAGUACUUUAUACUCUAUAUGAAAUAAAUAGCAACUUUAUAUCGACCCU